GCCGCCACACAAUCGACCUCUUGAGAAUCAGCUUUGAACAAGUUCCCAUCGCACAAACCCAUCCACACACAACACGAUCAGCAACAAUGUCCGACACUCUCCGCCAGAGCACCGCCGACAAGGCUGAGGCCACGCUCAAGCCGGACUCCCAUAAGUCCACUGCCGAGUCAGUCACCGACAGCGCCAAAGGCACUGCCGACUCUGUUGCCGCCAGCCUCCAACCCAAGGGCGAAAAGUCGGCAACGCAGAAGGCCACGGAUACCGUCUCCAGCGGCAGCGGCGGUGCUUCGAACACCGCCACCGGCCAUGCCGAGUCUGCACAGGAAGGCGCCUCCAACCUCGCAGGCCAGGCUUCUGAUACGGUUCAGUCUGGCAUGAAGCAGGCACAAGAUGCCCUCGGUCUUGGUGGCCACAAGAAGUAAACUCCCUUCGAUGAUCUCCUACGACCGAGAAUGGAGUGCUCCUGUGGGAUGAAUCGACAUGUCUUGGGGACUGCAGCGGCAAUUGCAACAGUAUUGACACGCGACCAAGUUACGACAGAUUAGCAGGAUCAGAAUAUUUCCACAGAACGUAGUUUGCAUUGGCAAUCCAAUUCCCUGAUUUCUCUUCC